AUAAAGCCACGCACACGAGCUAAACGUUGUGUUUGUAUAACAAUUGGCUGUGGCUGCUAUCAAUCAUCAGCACAACAACUUUCGGUGCCAUAUCGACAACCAAUUUACCAGCAGUCUGAAACAUCGUUAUCAUUAUCAUCAUGCGUAAACAACUGUAUGCAAAGUUGUAUACGAAACCAUUACAGUUUCUGUCAACAAUCUUGCCAACAAUCUUGUAGAGUGGGAACAACCUACCAUUCCGAUAGAUACUCACCAGCGCCAAACCGAUUGGAAUCAUCAAUUCAAGAGUUAUCUAAUGGACAACAAAGUACUGGUGGUACAUGUGUACACGUUUGUAUGCCAACUUGCGAUGUACAAUGCGUUCAGCAAACUACAGCAAUUCCAGUAGUAAGCCACAAACAGCCACAACGUAAUCCCCCUAUACCUGUAGUUCAAAGUCAGACUCCUUCAUACCAACCAUCUGAACAGUAUGAGCCCAUAUAUUCAGUUCAGCCACUGUCAACUAAUAAUCAUGAAAUUUGUAUUUAUCUGUGCAUGCCAUCAUGUGAGAAUCGCUGUAUUGAACGAACUACGGCAGUACCAUCAUUGUCAGAGCAAACAGAUCAGCCUGAUAUCUAUACAACUGCAAAUCCUCAUCAAAAUAUUAAUAACACUCCAGAUAUACCUCCUUCAUAUCCGAUCUCCGAUAAAUCUACUCAUCAGUCAUCAAUUAUUAUUCGGCCCCAACAUGGUGCCACAAUUUGUGUGCCAAUUUGUAUGCCAUCUUGUCAUGCACAAUGUACUGAAACUUUCGAACAAGGCGAAAAAGCAACUGAAAUAAUUAGUAGCACUGAAGAAGUAUUAACGACAACAACUGCUGAACCUGAACUACCUCCAUAUGAAAUUUCCAUUACAUUACCACAAUCCAUUCAGCAAUCACCGGAGUGUUUCAAUUUAUGUCAGGAAACAUGUAUGCAACAGUGCAUUGGACAAAAUCAACCUGCUGAACAGUGCAGACCAUCUUGUUCUUACACUUGUCAGGAAAGUUGUGCUCAAGUACCAGUAUCAAGCACUGCUUCUAGCAGCAACAAACAGCAGCAAGAAUCGAACUUAGAACCUUAUGAAACGAUUUCCAUUGCUCCAAGUACAGAUCCAUCUCCUGUACAAAUUCCAGCUGAGAAUGUCUACGAAACUCCUUUACGAUCCCCACCUUAUUAUCAGCAAUAUACUUUUCCUGAACCACUGGUAACAGGAUGCCUAUCUACUUCAAUGAAAACGAACCGAUGUGUCUGUUCUCCUGGAUAUGCACUAUGUUUUUCGAUUUCAGGACACACAUCUUUACAACAUCAACAACACAAACAGUGCUGUCGGAGACGACGAUAG